CUGAACAUUGACAUGAUGCGCCCAAUCGCCCUCCGCAACGCCGCCUUCGCCGCGCCCCGCGCCGCCGCUCGCCCCGCCCCCCGUGCCCUGCACGCCCAAGCUCGCGUGACGCCAAACGCUGCGCGCCAGGCGUUCCGCACGUACUCGACUGAGAGCGGGCCGGCCGCGGCCGCCCAGAGCCAGGGCAUCGUCCUCGGCGCCCUCGGCCUCAUCGCCAUCGGCGGAUACGUCUACCUCAAGCCGAUCCGGGAUGUGGCGUCCAAGAUCAACAGCACGAUGGAGGCCGCGCAGCAGACUGUCGACCAAGCCAAGGCCAAGGCGCAGGAGGUCGCGGCCGUCGCUGCGGACAAGGCCGGUGCCGCCGCCGAGACCGCCAAGGUCGUCGCUGAGAAGGCCGGCGUCGAGGUCCCCGACUCUGCAGGCGAUGCCAUGGACGGCCUCCUCCAGUCCCUCCUCCCCGGCGGCGCGUUCGUCGUGUACCAGCAGCUCUCGAAGCAGCUCAAGUCCGGCGACUUUGGCGGCAUCCUCAGCAACCUCCAGGACGCGGACAUGCAGAGCACGCUGGACCAGCUGAAGAAACUGGGCAACGACGACGUCGCGCGCGUCGUCGACAAGGUCCAGGCUGCGCUCGACAAGGCCGGCGGCAAGGUCACAGACCUCGACUGGAAGAAGCUGUCGCAGGACCUCUCCAAGGAGCUGCCAAAGGAGUACCAGCAGUGGGUGUCGUUCCUCGUCGGCAAGGUGCCGAGCAUGGACGACUUUGACAAGUAUGUCGCAGACGCCAAGAAGCUCGGCAAGGAGUCGCUCAACGAGCUCAACACCGCCGCAGACAAGGUGUACAAGAAGGUGCAGGCCGCCAGCAAGGACGGCAAGAGCGUCGGCGACGCGUUCGUCGAGGGCAUCAAGGAGACGGCGCCCGAAGACAUCAACAAGCUCGUCGACCAGCUGCGCAAGACGGCCAAGGACGCCGGCCUGCCCGCCGACGCCAUCGAGAGCUACCUCCGCUCCAAGGCAGUCGACUCGGUCGACAGCGCCGAGAAGUGGGCCCGCGACAUCGAGAAGACCGUCACCACCGCCGCCAAGUGGAUCCCCGUCGAGCCCGAGACCGUCGUCGAGCAGGUCUCGUCCAUCUCUCCAGCCCUGGGCAAGCUUCUGCACGAGGUGCUCAAGGACGCCAAGAACAAGGCCCAGGAGGGAAAGAAGAUCGCCGAGGACACCGCCGACAAGACCAAGAAGGCCAUCAAGGAGAAGUAAAGACAUCAGUAGUACCGCAUAUGGGUUACCCUACGGGGCGAAUGUAGCAGGCAUGUAUCCAAUGACUCGGCUGUGAGUGUGGAUCGCUACUUGCAUCCAUCGCUGAGCAGCACUAGACAUGGUCUACAGUGUGGUGCCUGGGGUAGUCUAAUGUGUGACUCACGCCCUGUGCUUGGGCAAACAGCUUCGCGCCGAGCGCGGGUGCAGCGUGGUCUCCAGGCAGUGAGCUACCAAGCAACGCGAACGAGAGACGUUCGAUCUUAUCGAGGGUGUCAUGUUGAGGUGGGUUGCGUCUGGGAUAUUCCAGGAGCAU